GGCCUAACAUCUGAACAACGGCUAGCCCUGAACCGGUGACUGGUGAUCUGAAUAGUGAAUACCCCACUACUACAAAAGCCCCACUCUUUGGCACUAUUAGUCUCAAAAAAAUUUGGCAUUUGGGUCUCUAACCCGGAGUCUCCGUUUCAGCUGUCACCCGUAACCGGUAACAGUCGGCCGUGGCUGUCUCUACUCCGUGCGUCUCCGCCGCUAUAUCUCUCCUACUCCUGUAUUAUCAAAAUUCUUUAGCUCCUAAAACCCUUAAUUUUUAUUAGUAAUUACCCAGAAGACCAAAUUUAAGGAAGAGUUUUCUUGAUUUGUCCUGAUUAUAUACGUGUAGCAACCUUAGAAUGAAGCCCACUUGACCCAAGAGAAUUAGGCUAUGGAAGAUGUAGGAGGAGUCCAGAGGACUUGAAUUUGUGUCGAGUUUGGGGAGGAAAAGGGGAGGGAAAAAUGUCAGUUGCCGAGCUGAAGGAGAGGCACUUAGCCGCCACCCAGACUGUCAGUGCACUCAGGGACCAAUUGAAACAGAAGCGUCUUCUCCUUCUUGACACCGACGUGGCGGGAUACUCUAGGUCGCAGGGUAGAACUCCGGUGAGCUUCGGCCCAACGGAUCUGGUUUGCUGUCGGACUCUGCAGGGCCAUAACGGCAAGGUGUAUUCGCUUGACUGGACUCCAGAAAAGAAUCGCAUUGUCAGUGCAUCCCAGGAUGGUCGAUUAAUAGUAUGGAACGCUCUCACAAGCCAAAAGACACAUGCUAUUAAGCUACCCUGUGCAUGGGUCAUGACUUGUGCCUUCUCACCGACUGGGCAGUCUGUUGCCUGUGGUGGACUCGACAGCGUUUGCUCCAUCUUUAACCUAAAUUCUCCAACUGACAGAGAUGGUAAUCUACCAGUGUCGAAAAUGCUUAGUGGGCAUAAGGGCUAUGUGUCAUCAUGUCAGUAUGUUCCUGAUGAAGAUGCACACUUAAUCACUAGCUCUGGAGAUCAAACAUGUGGCUUGUGGGAUAUAACUACAGGUCUUAGGACAUCUGUCUUUGGAGGUGAAUUUCAAUCUGGUCACACUGCUGAUGUGCUAAGUGUCUCCAUUAAUGGAUCAAAUUCAAGAAUGUUUGUGUCUGGGUCUUGUGAUUCAACUGCCCGUCUUUGGGACACUCGGGUUGCCAGUCGGGCUGUCCGGACCUUUCAUGGUCAUGAAGGAGAUGUUAAUGCUGUAAAAUUUUUCCCAGAUGGAAAUAGAUUUGGAACUGGUUCGGAUGAUGGAACUUGCAGAUUAUUCGAUAUUAGGACUGGGCAUCAGCUGCAAGUGUACUAUCAGCAACAUGGGGAUAAUGAGGUGCCGCCUGUUACUUCAAUUGCAUUUUCAAUUUCUGGCAGACUUCUUUUUGCUGGGUAUUCAAAUGGUGAUUGCUAUGUAUGGGAUACCUUAUUGGGACAGGUCGUUUUGAAUCUAGGAACUCUUCAAAAUUCUCAUGAGGGUCGCAUUAGUUGUUUGGGAUUGUCAGCUGAUGGCAGUGCUUUAUGUACAGGAAGUUGGGAUUCAAACUUGAAGGUUAGAGAAUUGAUUGGCAUGUUUGCACAAAAUUUCUAUACUCUCACUGUGUGCGUCCAUAUCUGGGCUUUUGGAGGGCAUAGAAAAGUGAUCUAAAGAUUCAACUUUUGAUUUCCCUAACGAAUAGGCUCCUGAUUCACCGUCCGUGUGUACGGUUCUUGUACACCAGUAAGCUACUGUGUGCCAGGGAUUAUAAUUUUGUCCUACAUUUAACCUUGUGCAUUGUGACUUGUGUAUUGCAGAAAUAAUACACAUAUAUGUAUAUUUUUUUUUAUGAAGGCCAAUUGUGAAUUCACCGAUUA